AUGACCUUCGACCAACAGCAAAUCCUCCGAAACUUUCGUGAAGAACUCGUCGCCGAAGGCAUCCUCCACGAAGGAGACACAAUUGGCUCCGACCAGACCACUCUCUUGCGUUUUCUUCGCGCCCGUCGGUAUAAUAUCCAGCUAGCCAAGACGCAAUUCCGUGAAUGUCAAGAAUGGAGGCAGACAGUGCAAGGAAUAGGGAUUGACGAGCUCUACCGCCGGGUUGACCCCUUCAACUAUCCCGAACGCGACGUGAUAUUCCAAAGUUGGCCCAUGUGGUACCACAAGACAGAUAAGCAAGGACGUCCCAUUCACAUCCAGGUCGUUGGAGAAAUGGGGAUGCGUAAGCUCCACAAGCUCUGUCCUCCGCAGAAGCACUGGGAAGCGGUUCUGGUCAUCUGUGAAUCGCUUCCCCGCGAGCUCUUACCGGCUGCUAGUCGUGCAGCUGGAAAGUCAAUCGAAAAGGCGUUUGUAAUCGUCGACUUGAAAGGGUUUGGUUUUGAACAAUUUUGGCAAAUGAAGUCCAUCCUCCGAGGUGCACUCCAGAUAUCACAGAACUACUAUCCCGAUACGAUGGGAAAACUGGUCGUUAUCAACGCACCUGCGUCGUUCUCGAAGAUCUGGCCUGUCUUGAGAAGGUGGUUAUCUGACGACACUGCGGAAAAGGUGGAGAUAUUAGGGGACAACUUUGCUGAGAUUCUGCUCGAAUAUGUCGAUGCGGAGAAUCUUCCUAUUACACGCUCUGCGAGCACUAGUCCCAGCAGCGCUGAUUCGACAGUUGAACCAUCUCAAACCUCACCCGCUUCCCCGACUCCGACCAAUGCUUCCGGCAAAUUCGUCGUGGCCCACCACAUGGUUGGAAAUACAUUUCCAUAUACCAAAGAUGAUUGGUUGGAGGAUAUUCAGUUGGCCCAUGCCUCCGGUAUCGAUGGCUUUGCCUUGAAUACUGGUCGAGAGGUUUGGGAGCCCGAAAGAAUCGCCGAUGCGUAUCAGGCUGCGCUAGAGUUGGGUCACGACUUCAAGCUAUUCCUUUCGCUGGACAUGGCAUCUCUCCCUUGUAAUUCCCAUGAAGACGCCGCUUACUUGCGUCGCCUCGUCUCCCAACACGCUUCCCAUCCUAACCAACUCAUGUACAACGACAAAGCUUUCGUAUCCACCUUUGCUGGGGAAUCGUGUCAAUUUGGACAUGACAACGUCGUCGAGGGGUGGAAGCACCAGUUCACCCUUCACCCUGAGCUCAAAGAAAGAAUUUACUUCGUUCCUUCGUUCUUCAUGGACCCGGCGAGGUUUGGAGAGUUCAAGGAUGUCAUGGACGGGACUUUCAAUUGGAAUUCCGGCUGGCCCAUCCAAGUGACGACCUCAUUUGCCAGGGAGCAGCUCGACAAACUCGCGGAAGCAGCACCCAGCGAAUCGUCGAGGGUCGGAAGGUUACCUCUGUUGGCCAACCCGCUUCAGCGGGCGUUCGUGUUCUUGGCGGACCAGCACCUUUACGCCAAACGCUGGGAAUCUCUCGUCGAGUCUCGGGACAAGUUUGACAUCGUGCAAAUCUUGACUUGGAACGACUUUGGAGAGUCGCAUUAUAUCGGUCCUAUCAAAGGUGCUCAACCCAACAGUGAAGCCUGGACUGAUGGGAUGCCGCAUACCGCCUGGCUCGAUUUGACGAGUUACUACGCUAGAGCUUUCAAGACAGGCGAGUACCCCAAGAUAGAGAAGGACAAGAUCUUCAUGUGGUCUCGCCCUCACUCUACCGAAGCUGAGAGCCCUGACCCUGUUCCCAAACCCGACAACUUUGAGUUGAUGGAGGACGCAAUCUGGGCAGUCGUGAUGACCACCAAGCCAUCCACGGUCGUCCUGUCCACUUCGCCUACGUCUAGGACCUUUUUCCAGGUCCCUGCUGGAGUCUCCAAGCUCUCUGUCCCCAUCACCCCUGGCGGGACGAUGAGGGGUACGAUCGAGCGGGACGGAGCCGUUAUUGUCGACCUCCAUCCUUCCUCGGAGGAGUUCACCUUCCAGGGCAGUCCCCAAUCCUACAACUUUAACGUCUUCGUGGCUAGUGCCACCGCCUCAUGA